AUGGCCUUGCAACACUUGAAAACCGCGGCUUUCCUAGCCACCGUCUUUACGAUUUUCUAUUUGGCUCAAGAACCACCGAAGCUCCCCUCUCAAAUUCCACUGCUAUCGACACACUCACUGAUGGACCCAGUGGUGAUGGAACAGGGACAGUGCUGUUGUUGCCGACCAUGCUGCUGUGGUUGCGGAUGCGGUUGCUGUGGAUGUGGAGGAGGACGUAAGAGAAGAGCUCUUCAGAACUUGAAGAUCAAAUUGGCUGAUCAACAAGAGAAAGAGAGACGUGAGGGACUUCCCAAAAUCGGCACCGAUUUGGCUUCAGUUGAGGAGAACAAAGAAGUCGAGAAGCCCGAAACAACCGACAUUCAACUCCCUGAUCCAGUCUACAAUCUCGGAAAAGAAGAGCUCGCUGUUACCCAGAAGAAAACCCUUCUUAAC